CUACCUCUAGGGUACUACUAGCAUGAGCUGCAUGUACAGGAAUACUCUUAAAAUUGGUAGAUACUCUUUUAAAACAUUGACUGGUUAGCGUCGAUCCAUUUCAUCAACUUGUUGGAAGCUGAACACAUCUCGAGAGGCCAGUAUCCCAAAGUACGUCUUGAGGUGACCAAGCACAGGAGGGGGCAGAAAGUUGAAAACAGCCAAGAUCUAUCCACGUGACCAACAAGUGUGCUCAAAAGGAUGCUGAACUUUUCUAUACCUGGUCAUUGAUAAAAUAACGACAUGUCCUCGUUCAAACGGCGCACGCCGACCGCAAGUCCCAUUAUUCCAGGCGUCCGUCUCUCCCCUCACACGGGAACUCACCAAACCUCAACGGGCAUUCCAAGUCUUGAUUCCCUUCUCGCAGGUGGUCUCCCACUCGGCACCGUCACCCUCCUCCAGGAAGACCAGUUCACUCGAUACGCACGACUAAUAGCCUCCUACUUUGUUGCGCAAGGCAUUGUUGCUGGCCAUGCGGUUUGUUUUGCAUCAGCUGAAGAGGGUAUUGAAGAAUUUAUGGGCGGGUUGAUGAGCGUUGUUGAAGGACCACAGCCAGUAGACGAAGAGGAGGCAGACACGCCGAAAACGGAAAGGGUGCUGGGUGGGUUAAGGGAUGUGGAUGGCGAUAGGAUGAGGAUCGCAUGGCGAUACCAGAAUUUGCCAAUAUUGAGUACGGACAAGCGAGGGGGCAGUAGCAUGGCGAAGACGCCAUAUUGUGCGAUAUUUGAUCUUACGAAACGCAUGGAUGAAGGAUUGCUGAAGGGAACAAAGAUGGCUUUUAUCGAUGUCUCUACUUGGAGUGCUGACGACGAAGAAGAUGCAGAGCAACAAGAUGCUUACGACAAACUUUACUGUCAAAUAGAGACUCUAAUCACACAAGGCGGCUUCAGGUUCUCACCCACAAACCCACCGCAAACAGCACUCCGGAUCUUCAUACAAUCACUGUCAUCACCCCUCUGGCCUACUCCAACGCACCACGCCCAACGUCUACACAGAUUCUUGCAUACCCUCCGUCCACUUCUUCGCGAAUCUGCUGCAGUAUGCCUAAUUACUCUCCCCACGCCGUUUCCAAUAGAGCUCGCCCCGCUCCAUCACACAUCGGAUGGUGUACUUAGCCUGACCUCCUUUGCAUCACAUCCGAGUGUGUACGAAAGUAUGUAUAAUGGUUUCCUCGACGUAAUCAAAGUUCCCCGUGUGGGGUGCCUUGGGCAGGUGGAUGAAGAGGUUGGGGCUUUAGGCUUUAGGGUGAGGAGAAAGAGAUUUGAGAUUGAGAGGGUUGGACUCCCACCAGAGGAGGAAGAGAAAGGACGAGGGGAGGUGAAAAAGGUAGGCUGUGGCAGCACAGGUAACAGUGUACUAGAUUUUUGAGCCCAACAGGCUGAGACGAUUAUCAGCCCCAUACGAGGGCUCGCCACAACAAGCAAGUGCAUCUAGCUCCGAUGGUGCACACCCAACCCCUCAAAUGUACAAUAGCAUGUUGAUAUGUCACAUAUAAAUAAAUUCUAAUAUCAAUCGACAGAAACACCUCUUGCCCGUAAAUCUGUCCUGGCGUUUUGAAUAUCCUAUCGGCCCAAAAGUCGUUCAGCGUCUAUCAAUCUGACUCAAGAAUGC